UGCAUUUUCGCCUUGUUUUCUGGUUUUCUGCUGGAAGUUGCAGCGGGAUGGGCACCGACCUUCCCUUUACCUCUCGCCGGUCUCCUGUGCUGUGUUUGCGCGGCUGCGUGGCGUCCAGUCAGCCGUUGGCUUCAGCCGUGGGUCUGGAUGUCCUUAAGCAUGGCGGGAAUGCUGCAGAUGCAGCAGUUGCCAUAGCAGCAGCUCUGGCAGCAACUGAGCCAUGCAGCACUGGACUCGGGGGUGAUGCCUUCUGCUUGUUCUAUAAUGGAAACACUGGAGAAAUCCGAGGGAUUAAUGGCAGUGGUCGUUCACCUCAAGCUCUGACCCUGGACUUUCUGGAAGGACUUGGCUACUCAGCAGAGGCACCUCCUUCAGUGUUUGAUGCCUUGAAUGUUACUGUCCAAGGAGCUCCUGCUUGCUGGUGUGACACUGUCCAGCUGUUUGGAAGCCAAAAGCUGUCUAUGCAGGAGGUUUUGAGUGGGGCGGUGGAGCUGGCGGUGAAGGGAUUUCCUAUUGCGGAGGUAACAGCGUACCAUUGGGCAAAGUGGGUGGCUGCUCUGAGAGAUUCCGGGAAGGAACAAGGGGAAGACUUGCUGAUCGGUGGUCAUCCACCCAAACAUGGACAAGUCUUCAAAAACAUUGCAAUGGCUCGCACCAUCAAGGAGCUUGGUGAGCGAGGCAAACCAGCUUUCUACCAGGGCAGAGUGGCCCAAGCUAUCGUUGAUGUCAUCAACCAGAAUGGAGGGGUCAUGACACCGGAGGACCUCAGCAGCCACGACAGCGAGGUCGUCAGCCCCAUAAGCACAGAGUACAAGGGUGUGCGCCUGUGGGAGUUUCCUCCCAACAGCCAGGGCCUGGUCGCCUUGCUGCUCCUCAACAUCCUGGAGAACUUUUCUCAGCUCAAAGCUGUAAGCCACAACAGCUCAGACUACAUCCACGUAUUUGUGGAGGCCGUGCGUUUGGCGCAAACAGAUGUUUUUGGUUACCUGGGAGACUCCACCCAUUUGACACUUCCUUUGGAAAGUUUACUGGCUAAGAGCUACAGCCAGCAGCGGGCGCGGCACAUCAGCAUGGACAGGUGUGUUUCUGCUUGUGUGUGUCUGCUGAACCGUGGUGCUAAUUUUUCCCUGCAGCGCGGCCACAAUAACUGUGUUGCUGGAAGGAAGCGGCCAUAUCACACAAUAAUACCUGCUCUCCUCACCGGCUCUUCGACUGACUCAGAAAAACCCCAACUCCUUGCAGCGCUGGGGGUGAUGGGAGGUUUUAUGCAACCUCAAGGACACAUCCAGGUCUGGUUGAACAUGGUCGAGUUUGGGAUGAACCCUCAACAGGUUGAUGUGCCGAGAGUCUUUGUGCAGUACGAAAACAAAACUGAUCAGUGGUUAAUUAAUUUGGAGGAGGGGAUAGACCAGGAGGUGGCUGUGGAGCUGAGGAGAAGGGGCUACAGAGUCAACUGGCCAGUCACAGGCCACGAGAGGGCUCACUUUGGGCGUGGACAAAUAAUCACAGUGGGGGACUGGUGGAAUCUCUCAGUCACUCAGACCAACUCUCCAUUCAGGGUGCUGUGGGCAGGAUUAGACCCCAGAGCAGAUGGAUGUGCUCAGGGAUACUAGGCACAGAAAGACCACAAUAAUUAGAACCCUUUCACAGCAAAUUCAUACAGAUGAAACAUGUGAUGAAACAUGUAUUUGUAUAAGUUGGUUUUGGAUUAAUUCUCUCUUUUUUAAUGCCUCUGUUUUGUUCCCCCUUUAGUUUCAUGGUUCAACCAAAUGAUUUUAAUGUUGGUUAAUAUUUGACAAAUAGCCAGGUUUAUAUCAGUGCGGCUCAGCGGUCACAUGGCACCUUCAUGAGGUGUUUUAUUUCCUGAUUACGGUAAUCAUUAUUCUAUUCUGCAAAUGUUCAGAAUUCACUUACAAUUACUGGAUGUAAUCAGCAGAACUGAUCUGCAGAGCAACAGCAGAAUUUUCUCAUUAUUUUUCUGGGGGAAAUCCUGGUGAUUGGCCUAUUAAUGCUACAGAUGGUUGGAAUCAAUCAACAAAGAAGACGAUAACUCUAUUGUUAUACUUCGUACUCUGUACUCGAGUCCUUAUGACUGUCAGUUGAGUUUUUAAUGAUUUUUUAUUUUUAAAUUACAUGUUUUUCUUUUGAGUUGUAAAAUCUACAUUGAAGAUUAUCUGUCAACUGAUUAUUAUUAUUGAUCUGUUCAAAUGUACUGUACAUUUGUUUAGAAAUGCCAAAUAAAUUAAAAUGUAACCUUG